UGAUAAUAGGUGCCAGCAAACCCGCCCGCUCAGGGCAGAGACCUCACCCUCAUGGUUAGCGAAUACUUCUACGCGAAAAGCUCCUACGUGUUCGAUUUCUCCGUCAUUGGGACCUUUCCCGUGAAGCGAGUCAUAACGUCGGCGGCUGUUGGUCGGUGGGCCACCGUGGGUAAGGGUGAGACACUGACAGUCGGCCGAGGCGCCUUCUCUCAUCGAUGCUGCAUCCCUCUCUACCGUCAUCGACUACACCAACCGCGGAAGACAGCCCACGGUAGACAUAACAGACUUGAGCAAUCAGCCGGCUGGAAUACUAGUUGAAAAAACCUCCUAGGAAGAAGUUCGAAGCCGACUCACCAUGGCCACAAUCAAGCCAGUGCAACCAUUCACUCCGGAUGUCGACGCGAAGGCCUUGCGGAAGGCGAUGAAAGGUCUCGGAACCGACGAAGCAACGCUCAUCAACAUCUUAUGCGCUCGAACCGCCCAUCAGCGUUCCGAAAUUCGCACGCAAUACAAACAGAUGCACGGCAGGGAUUUGAUCGAGGAUCUGACUAAGGAAAUAUCCGGCAACUUUCGCGUUGUCAUGCUCGGCCUGAUGACACCCUUGGACGAGUACUUGGCCGCGGAGAUCAAAGCAGCGAUAAAAGGAAUCGGAACUGAUGAAGACAUCCUCAUCGAGGUGCUGUGCACCCGCACAAACGCCGAGAUCCGAGCAAUCAAGGAUGCUUUCCAGAGACUUUACGGACAAGACAUGGAAGAGGAGGUUUGUGGUGAUCUCUCAGGCCAUUUGAAGCGAAUGAUGUCCGCUCUGAUGACCGCUAGACGACCCGAGAACACGGGAAUCGAUAUCAGGAAAGCCCAGCGAGAAGCCAAGGAGCUCCUGGAUGCCGGUGUGAACCAGUGGGGAACCGAUGAAGAGGCCUUCAUCGCCGUCUUCUGCUCCAACAGCUUCGAGCAGCUGAGAGCUACUUUCCAUGAAUACAGGAACCUCGCUGGCCACGAUAUCAUGGAGGCUAUCGAGAGGGAAACGAGCGGAGAUCUCAAGACAGCAAUGCUCACUAUCGUCAAGAGCGUCUUCAACACCCAUCUCUACUUCGCGGAACGCCUCCAUAAGGCGAUGAAAGGGCUGGGAACCGACGACACGACUUUGAUCAGAAUUAUUGUGUCGCGCUGUGAGAUUGAUCUGGCUCAUAUCCGAGGGGAAUACAUGCGAGUUUACGAGAGUUCCCUGGAGCAUGAUAUAAAGAAGGAAACAUCUGGCGAUUUCCAGACCGCCCUCAUGGUGAUGGUCCGUCAGAACUGAACAUCUCUGAUCGAGACUUACAUCUGGAGGUUUAAACAGCACCGGCUAAUCGAACACCACCUCUCUGAUCUAAGCUGGGAUCGCUCCUCGAUCUUUGCAUUUUAUUUCGAACGAGCGUUUGUUCUAUUUCGGUUGCCCUUAAUGAGUUCGAUGUUAAGUAUUGUGAAGCUUGGAGCGAUUCCACGGCAUUGCCCGCCGGCACUCGGAUCAGCCAUGAAUGGCGGAGUCCACGUCUUGUCACGUUCCGGCGAUCCAUUCUUGACGGAGCACGUUUCGAGCGUGCAGUCGCUCCUAAUUGGAAAGAUUGGGACUCGGUCGAUUCUCUUCGAAUGAAAUUAGGCUCGAGUUCCAUUGGGACCUCAUGGCUCCGGCAUCGGGUGAAUGGCUGCGCGAUUCAGUUUCAAUCCUUUCCCACUACUUCGGGCCCAUGUUCUGUGAAUUUCGGCAUUGGCUCUGCGGGGAUUCAAUAAAGCUCUCUUCAUUUUCA